CCCGCGCCGCCAGCAGCGGACCCGAAGCGCGGGCGCGGAGCGGCGCGGAGCCGCCAUGCGCGGGGCCGCCGGGCACUCGCUGCCGCCGGUGCUGCCACCGCUGCUCCCGGUGCUGCUGGUGCUGCUGGCGGCGGCGGCGGGGCCGGGCGGCGGUGAGGAGGCGAUCCAGUGCCCGCCGUGCUCGGAGGAGCGGCUGGCGCGCUGCAAAGCCCCGCAGGGCUGCGCGGAGCUGGUGCGGGAGCCGGGCUGCGGCUGCUGCGCGACCUGCGCCCUCGGCCGCGGCACCGCCUGCGGGGUCUACACCGCCCGCUGCGGCGCGGGGCUGCGCUGCUACCCGCCCCGCGGCGUGCCCCGGCCCCUCCACACCCUCAUGCACGGCCAGGGGGUCUGCACCGACCUGGCCGACGUCGAAGCCAUCCAGGAGAGUCUCCAUCCCCCAGAGAAGGAGGAGAUUGACCACCCCAACAACAGCUUCAGCCCCUGCAGCAUCCACGACCGCAAGUGCCUGCAGAAGCAGCAGGCGAAGCGCGUCAACAACGGCAACAAGAUGCGCAGCAGCGGGAGCCCCCACCACCGCGAGGAGACACGGCCCAUUGCGCAGGGCUCGUGCCAGAGUGAGCUGCACCGGGCGCUGGAGAGGCUGGCGGCCUCGCAGACCCGCACCCACGAGGACCUGUACGUCAUCCCCAUCCCCAACUGCGACCGCAACGGCAACUUCCACCCCAAGCAGUGUCACCCGGCGCUGGACGGGCAGCGGGGCAAGUGCUGGUGCGUGGACCGCAAGACGGGGGUGAAGCUGCCAGGCUUCCUGGAGCUGAAGGGGGACUUGGAUUGUCACCAGCUGGCGGACAGCAUGUGAGUGCCACCGUGGUGGCCCCGCGCCGUGCGGCGGCCAGGACCCCACUGGGGCUGUGUAGGAGAGGAGAGGGGUCACGGCCACCCAGCAGCUCCCAUGGCCCAGAUGGCCAACGUGCUCUGUGCCACGGCUGCCCAUGGGGCACGGCACUGCCACCUGCUCCCUGACCACUAACUGCCACUGGUACGUGCUGCUGGCACCUCCAUCCUGGACAGACACUUGUGUGGACAGACGCUGCCCCGUGGUGAUCCCCAGUUUCCACCCCAGCCCCUCCGCGUUGUGGGACCCAGACCCUGGCCCUGCAGAGGCUGCAGCUUGGGCCUCUGCCUGCAGUGCCUUGCUGUCCCCACCAGACCUCUGCAUGUGGCAGCAAGAGAGUUGCCUCAUCCUGCCCUCCCUGGCAGCAGGAGGCUGCCCAGGCACAGACCAGGGGACUCCAAGCAACUUCAGGGGGCCCAGAGGGACCCUCGGCCACUGCCUGCCUGGGGCCCUCCCUGGCUGCAUCUUGCCUGCAGCGUGUGCAAGUGAUGGGCACUGCAGCCACACAGAGCAAUAGGAGACCUUCCCCCUCCCCACUGCAGCCCCCUGGCCUGGGAACCCUCUGCCCCACAGCCCAGCCCUGUCCUGCUCCCUGUUCAGGGACCAAGCUGGCAGCCACAGCAUUUUUCUCCCAUCUCCCCCAGCCUGGUCCUGGUGUGAGGGGGCUGAAUGCAGGGGGGCAUCUCUGUGGGUGCUGGCUCCAAAGGGAGGGUUGGAGGAUGUGGGAUGCCUGGGAAAGGCUUCCCAGCAGGAAGGGCUUCUUUUGAGUUCUUUUUUCUUCCCCAAAGAUUUUUAAUAUUUAAAAAAUGUCAUUGUUGGGGUCUCAAAACUAACUGUGUGGCCCCUGAGGCUGAAAUCCUCCAUCUCAGUGAAGCAAGGCACCACUGGCCAUGGCUUCCAGCAUCUCCUCUUCCAACUUGGCCAGUGUGACAAAACCAGGAUGAAUUUCUGGAAGUCUCAGUGACAGGAUCUGUGGAUUUCGCCAGCACAAAGUUCUCAGCUAAGCAAUUGUCACUAUUUUUGUAGCUAUUUUUUUCUUCUUUUUUCCUUUAAGCUUUUCAGUGGGAGUUGGGCUGGAAAAUUUUCACCUAAAUGUCUUUUUGAUGAGAAAUGGCUGUGCUGGCUGCCAUGGUGAGUGUGCCAAAGAUGGAGGGGAUUUUGCCAGUUUCUCCCCAGUCCACUCCCUGGCUCUACAGCCACAGUGGGAGAUUUUGGUUUUCCAUGUGGAUUUGCCCUGGCCACGCCAGUGGGUGCCAAGGCCCCUGGUGAGAACAAAAUGUUUCAGUUUUAGUGAAACACCUUCUGCUCCCCCAGACCCCAGCAGCUCCCUGGCACGGCACUGGCAGGGGUGUCCCCGUGUGUCUCGGCAGGUGGGGGGGGGGGUUGGCAGCACUGGGCAGGGUGUGGGUCACAGUGGCAGCCCCUGCAUCCAGGGCAGCGCCGGCAGAGCCCGUGGAGCUCUCUGAGUUUUGGGGUGGCCGGGAGGUGACUGGGGACACCGGUGCUUGCCAGGACGCGUUUUGUGUCCAGCAUAGAGGGCUCCAGGGUUGUGCAUCGUCUCUCCUGUAGUUUAAGGCUGUAUUUAUACACGAUCAUAUCCCAGUGUAAGGCUCCCCAGCCCCAGCCGUGGUUCCUGUCAGCUCCUCUCAUGCCAAGCCCGUCCCUUCGUGUAGCACCGACCCCUUUUACAGUAAACUUGAACCUUUGUAUCUUCAAAAGAAAAAAAAAAAAAGGUAAUUACUGUAUUUAA